UCUUUAUGUUGAAUUUAGAUGUUUCUUCCGUUGUGAAAUUGUGGUCUGACAUAGAAAUGAUGUUAGUCUCUCAUCAUUAUUAAUCAUGAUGCCGCCUUGAAGAAAGGAAGGAACUAUCCCUAAACAAGAGAGAGAGCUAAAAGGUGGGGAGCCCCAACAUUAGAAAAUAAAGUUGCAACCUUUUGCAAGCAAGAACCUGAUUCAAAGUUCCACACACACACACACACACUGGUAAAAAGUUGUGGGCAGUUUACCAAUUUUUCAAAGAUUCAAGGCUGGGAAAAGGGUGUGCUGCUAUGGAGGAAAUAAGUAUGUUAUGGCACACCGAGAAAGAGGCUGGAUAAAGGCCUAGAGUCUAGAGAGAGAAACUUGUAUAGGCUUAGAGAGAGAAAGAGAAGGGGCCGGGCUGGUUUUUCUUCUUUCUUUUAGUCGGUGCAGCUUUGUUAAAGGCUUCUGGAGGUAGGAGCAGCAGUUAAGGUGAUGAGAAAUUAGGAAUCUUUUUUUUUAAUUGCAUGUGUAGUUAUACAUAUGAUCUCUUGGGAUUAGGCCUGUUUCUGCCUGCAAAUGAUGGAAAACAGGAAAAGGUUUUUGUUUUUGUUUUUUUUCUUUUGCUUCUUUUCAUGUCAAGAAUUUUUUAUGUAUUAUUUUUAUUUGUUGGUUCUGUAAUUUUGCUCCUGUUUUUUCUUUUCUAUUCUUGCUUCUCUUUGCACGACCUCAUCCUUGAAUUGAAGAAUUUAUUUUCAGUGGAGGCUGCUGCUAAAUUGGGUGGAUCUUUUUUGUUUGCUUGAGAAAUUGCUGUAAAUUGGGGGAUAGGCUUAUAAUUUGCUGGUGUUAGUUAACUAGUUCUUGAUUUGAGAAAUAAUGAGUAUGAUUCGGUUAUUGUGGGAGAAACAGUAAUGCUGAGAACAUGGGGAAGAAGGGAAGCUGGUUUUCAGCAAUCAAAAGGGUUUUCACAAACAACUCAAAGGAAAAGCGAGCCGAUGGACCUGACAAGAAGAGCAGCAGCAAGGAAAAGAAGAAGGGUAAGGGAAUUUUAAGGCACGGAGAAACCAAAUCGUUUAUUCCCCUGUUCAGAGAGCCUAGCAGCAUCGAGAAAAUACUAGGUGAAGCUGAUCAACUGCUGAUUAGGCCUCCUCCUACAUCUUCUGAACGGCCAAAAUCACCCCCUGCUCUGCCUGUAAGGCCAGUCUCACCAAGGGCUGCUUCGCCAAAAGCCGCUUCUCAUAGAGCUUCUUCCCCUAAAUCUACUUCUCCAAGAGUUUGUUCUCCGAGGGCCCCUUCUCCGAGAGCUCCUUCUCCGAGGGUUGCUUCUCCAAGGGCCGAUUCUCCAAAGGCUGCACCUUCAAAAACAUUCUCCACUGGGGCUGUUUCUCCCAAGGCUGUUCCUCUGACAGCUUUCACUUCCGGGGCUGCUUCUUCCAAGGCUGCUGCUUCUUCCAAGGCGGCUGCUCCUUCCAAGGCUGCUCCUCCUAAGGCAACUCAAAGCAGAAAGGAAAUCAGGUAUGUGCAGAGGCCAGAACCGACUUUAAGAGACCAGCAACUUUCGGCCACGAAAAUCCAGGCAGCGUAUAGAGGUUACCUGGCAAGGCGGAGUUUCCGAGCCUUGAGGGGUUUAGUGAGGCUUCAAGUGGUGGUGAAAGGACAGAAUGUAAAACGGCAGACAAUGAACGCCAUGAAACAAAUGCAGCUCCUGGUCAGGGUUCAAACACAAAUUCAGUCACGGCGGAUCCAAAUGUUAGAGAACCAAGCACUCCAGCACCACACAUAUAAGAGUAAUAAGGAUGCGGAGAGUACCCUGAGCAAAUGGACCUUGAACCAGAUGUCUGAGGCUGGCCAAAAUGACGAUUGGGAUGAUAGCGUGCUAACAAAGGAGGAGGCGGAUGCAAGGCUACGGAAAAGAGUCGAGGCUGUCAUUAAGAGACAGAGAGCAAUGGCCUAUGCGUACUCUAACCAGCUCUGGAAAUCUAAUGCAAAAUCAACUCAAAGUUCUUCUGACGUUCGAUCUAACGGAUUCCCAUGGUGGUGGAACUGGUUAGAACGUCAGCUACCUCAAGCCGGUAGCUCCCAGAGCCAAGCUGCAACGGGGAGCAUCUCGUUAACCCCUCCGAGGCCCGUUUCAGAGUUCAAACCUCACGCAAGCAGCAAGCUCGGGAAUCUCAUGUUCGACAAUCAUGAGUCUGUCACACCCCGAUCAUCCAGGUCAGCAGUCCCUGCUCGAGCAAAGCACUUUCAGACCACCCCGGGCAGGAGUCCUCUUGGAAGCAGCUCGAGUUAUGCCAAGUUCUCGAAACCAAGAGCAAGUGCGGGUAAUUCAGGUUACGAUACUCCUUUGAAAGAUGAUGAUAGUCUCGUGAGCUGCCCUCCGUUCUCUGUUCCUAACUACAUGACACCUACUGUCUCGGCCAAGGCCAAAGCGAGAGCGUAUAGUAAUCCGAGGGAAAGGUUUCCGGGGACUCCUGGCAGCAGCGACUCCAAGAGAAGGUUCUCGUUUCCUUUGACUCCGAAUGCUGGCUCAUUCAAGUGGAACAAAGGGUCUAAUAGGGAUUCUGCUUCGCAAGUGGGAACGGAGAAACGCGAGGAUGCGCGUUCCAUCGGAGAUUUCAGCGUGAAUUCGACGGUCUCUAUGCCUGCAGGUUUAGUUGGGAGAAAGCCAUUUAACAGAUUUGUGUGAUUUUUCUAAUUUUUGUGCAUGUAUUUGUUGUAAGAUUAUUGAGGUUGGUCUUUUAAAUUUUAUACACUGUUGAUGUAUGAAGGGUUGAAAUCUUUACUUACUGAUGUACAAUAAUGAAUAGGAGUGGUUGGUUUUACAA